GGGGUCUUCUGAGUCUACUGAGAUCGAUGAAUACGCAGAACGCAGUGCAUGCAUUGAAACCAGCUCUGUUAAUGGUGUUGGUGCAGAUUGCAAAUGCUUGGGUCAAUGUUCUCUACAAACUCGCCGUAAACGAUGGCAUGAGCGAAGACGAGGACAAAGAUGACUUGGACGAUAUUGUUUCAGGCAUUUCUUUGCGGCUUAAUUGGUGGAGCAUUGCCUCAAAACUUAAACAUGGAAGCGCUUGCUUUAACUUCUGUAACGUUUACAACUGCAAUAACCAACCUCAUUCCAGCCAUCACCUUUAUCAUAUCCCUCUCCAUCGGAUUGGAAAGACUAAAUUUGAGAACAGCAGGAGGGAAGGCAAAGAUAAUUGGAACGAUAACUGGAAUUAGUGGGGCAAUGGUACUGACAUUCGUUAAAGGCCCCGAAAUUGAGAUGCUAUCUUUCCACGUAAACCUUUUCAACAACCGAAGCAGAAAAAGCCAUGUGGUUCACUCACACUCUGCCUCCGGUUUUGUUACCAUGUUGGGUGCUCUCGCCUCUGUCGCAAGCAACAUCUCUUAUGCUCUCUGGCUUAUCAUUCAGGCAAAGAUGAGUGAAAGAUACCCAUGUCCUUAUUCGAGCACUGCGUUGAUGUCCCUAAUGGGGGCACUGUUAUCCAUUUCGUUUGCUUUUUGCCUUGAUAGGGAUUUGAGUCAGUGGAGGUUGGGUUGGAAUGUUAGGCUACUAACUGUAGCUUAUGCGGGUAUAGUGGUUUCUGGAGUGAUGGUGGCAGUGAUUUCGUGGUGCGUACGCACGAGAGGCCCAUUGUUUGUCUCUGUUUUUAGCCCUCUAAUGCUUGUGGUUGUGGCCUUCGCUGGAUCCACGAUUUUGGAUGAGAAGCUAUACCUUGGAAGCAUCAUUGGAUCAGUGUUGAUUAUAUGCGGAUUGUACGUGGUUCUAUGGGGUAAAAGCAAAGAGAUGACAAAGAAUCAAUCUAUUCCAUCAGAAAGCACCCAUAAAUCUGACACUGUCGAAGUAGUCGUCAAAACUCAAGAAGAUAAAUGCAACAAUAAGAACAAUACGCUUGCAGAUGCGGUUCAAGGUAAUGAAGAUUCAUCGGAAAAUGGACCUGAAAACCAUGAAACCCACAUACAGUACGAGGCGAGGGAAGAAGUAAUAUCUCGAAAAGCCUCACAUACCUAAACAAUCCAUGUAACUUCUACAGAGAUGCUAUAUAGUAUAUAUUAUUGAAUCACCAUUCUUUUCCAAUCGUCCCAACAUGCUAUGGGCAUUUUUCGUAUGUUCUUGGGAAAGGAAAGCACGGUUAAUUAAC